UAAGCAAAAGGACAUAAUGCGCAACUUGCUCCCUCUAGAGGGACGAGGAAGCGAUAUACCGUCUUUGAAAUCAACCCGAUGUCUUUUAAAAAAAUGAUUCUUAUUUUAUACCAUUGGUAACUAAUGAUUGUUUUUAUUUUACGAGAAGGAAAUUGAACGUCCCGUCCGUGACUGGGGACUUUGCUCGGUGAAGGCGGAACGCAGGGGGAGGCCGUGGGUUAUUGUGAGAGCGAUGAGCUGGUUAAUGUUCAGCCAUACGGCGGGGCCCAGAGUGCUGCAUAGUCUCCUUUCCGUGCACUCUAGUGUUGCUUCCUUUAGACUGUCUUCAAAAAUGGCUUCACAGUCCCAGUGGUUAACUCCAGAGGAAAGGGAACAACUUCUUCCAGAAUUAAAAGCAGCUGGAUGGAGGCAAGUUGAAGACCGGGAUGCCCUUUUUAAAGAAUUUUCAUUCAAGAAUUUUAACCAGGCCUUUGGAUUUAUGACACGUGUGGCUUUACAGGCAGAGAAACUGAAUCAUCACCCUGAAUGGUUCAAUGUGUACCACAAGGUGCAGAUAACUCUUUUGACACAUGACUGUGGUGGUCUAUCCAAAAAAGAUGUCAAAUUGGCAAAGUUCAUCGAACAGGCAGCUGCUUCAAUAAAUUAGUCAUUUUUAUGCUUUUAAAAAAGGAUUAUUAUGAAAAGUGAAUUCUGAAGUGAUACUGAGCCCCUUAAAGCAGGUGAGAAGUAGUCAAACUAAAAUACUGAAAUAGGUAUUCCCAAAUUUAAAGCAUAUUCCUUGAAAUAUUUGGAUCACAGAUGCUGAGACUGGAAUUGCAGUGAGUGGAAAAUUAUUUCUCUAAUUCUCUGUUCUCUUAUCCAUGCAAUAUAACAUGUAAGAAAUGUUGGAACAAUAAAGAAACAAGAAACAGUGCAGAAAUAUCAGACUUGCCCUUGAACUUGGCAUUUGCUGGGUUUAGUUUGAGUGAUAUCAGAUCUAAUAAAGACAAAUUUCCAUUAAUAUUACAGUGCACUUCUCAGAGUAACUAUAUAUUUGAAUAUUAAAGGUGAGGUUUCAACUCCUUACAACGAACGCACUUACUCAUUUAAAAUCAAGUUCUUGUUGUCGACACACAUACACUGAGAUACAGUGAAAAGUAUUGCUUUGCGUGCUAACCAGACAUAUCAUACCUUGCAUAAGUACAUCAGGGUAAUAGAAUAGAAUGCAGAAUGUAGUGUUACAGCUACAGAGGUGCAGAGAGAGUCAAUUUUAAUAUAUGAGAGCAUAUCUACUUUGUAUCACUGUUGUGACAAUAUUUUCUUUUAUAAAUUUCACUGUCAAUAUUUAUAAAGAAGUUGUCUGUUCUUUGUCAUGCCCAUUGUGCAGGUUAUUUUAGCACUUCCAUAUAGCAAUGCCCGGUUCUUUAAUCUGUACUGCAACAAAGCUUUUAUACUUUGAUUGACUUUGCUAUUCAGCUAAAAGUGAUAUAAAAGCAAAUACAAAAUAAAGACCUAAUGUAAGAAUUCACAAUGCAAGGUUAAUUACAUUUGUGUGCCCUGCUGUUCUAUCUGAAGAGAACAUUUUCUCUCAAUCUUUCAUCUGUAACUAUGGAAUUUGAACUAACAAACUUACAGUAAAUUAGUGCUUAAUAAGUGAAUAAACUAACAUUUUAGAGCAGGGGUUCCCAAACUAUGGGUUUUACCUUGGCCCCCCACCCCAGUCAGCUGAGAGGCUUUUCCAAAUCUUUGUGUUGUUUUUUUGUCAGUGAGUGUGACUUAAUGGAAUUCUCUGGAUCUCUGAAUGCUCUGCUGCUGCUGCUCCAAAUAAGCCUGCAAAUCAUUAAUGCUUGCUUUUCCUUUGGAGAUAACUGUCUUUUCAUCAACAGCCCUCGGGCUCAUCUGGUCAUUCAGCCCCUCCCUCUCUCUUUUUUUUCUACUCUCGACCAUCCCCAAAUGCUGACCCCCACCCCCAAAUGAUCAGAAGUCCUUGUGUCUCUCAAAUUUUCACAAAACUGAAACAUUAUAAUGGAACCACAUCAGGAAAGAGGAUUGGAAAGCAUUGGCUUCGAGGUAUCACAGAAGAGUGAGUGGACAGUGAAUUCCUACACUACUUUUAAGUUCCCAAUUUUAGCGACGUUGCUGUCAGAAUAGGUGGUAUGACUUACCAGUAGCCACCUUCAAGUAUAGCUAAAUGCUUUGGCUUAAUAAAGCAUUGAUUGAAUAUAUUAAUGUUUAGAUUGUCUUUAAUUUGUUUUAUCAAAAACACAUAUCUCAUUAAUCAAGUCAUGUCUAAGACACUCUGUAACAGUGUCCUCAAAGCGUGGUGUGUAGACUGUUGGUGGUCCAUGAGUUGGUCUAAAGUGCAAGUCACUGACACAUAACAGCACAGCUGUGACUGUAGAAUCUGCAUCCCCACCAUUCAUGUUAUGUCAUACAAACAGACUGGCUCCAGUGUUUUUGAUACAAGUCAUCAUAAAUGCAAGUAGUAGGGCUUCAUGGGCAAGAUUUAUGUUGCUGUAGUUUUUGGUUGAUGAAAAUAGGUGUAGGUUAAGUAUUUCCUCUAAAAUUAUUGUGAUUUUUCUGAUACAUUAGAAUGUUUCAAGUGAAGAAAUUGUCUGUUAGUACUAAUGUUUAGAAUAUGCAAACAUCUAUGCCUAUUUCUGGCUUUCAUUUAUGCAUAAUUUUCUUAAAUAUUGCAUGAAUGUAUUACAUUUAGUAGUGAGAAUGCAGCAAAAUAUUUAUAGUUUCCAUAGUUCCCAUGAAUUAUGUCUUUUUCUUGAGAUGUGAAGUGAAAAUAGGUCAGCUAGAACACUUAGUCUGCAAGGUUUUUGCCCACCGUAGGGUCUGUGGAUGGCAAUGGUUGACACCCUUUGUUGAAAGAAAUAAAAGCUUCUGGCAGGUGCUAGCAUUUCAGUUGUAGAAAACUUUAAUAGCUUCAUGGUGAAAAAAUAUGCAGACAAGGAGUAUCAAGAUUGAACAAGGAGCAAUGAAUAAAUGGAGAAUAAUGGAUGAUAGGGAGUGGCUGCAAUGUGACUAAGGUUCAGAUGAUUUAUCUGGAAAAAUUCCUAAAUAUUUUUGAAUGGAUUACAAGCUAACACCUAAUUGAAAGGUUCAGAUAAUGUCAUGAACCAGAACAAAGUUCGGGAUUCAUAAAUAACUAUGCCACGAGUUUGAAAGCCAGCUCUGAAUCUGCACUGAUUAUUGCUUUUAAAUAUGUAGUUCAUUUUCAUUUAGAUGUUCAAUUUGUUUCCUUUUUGUUUAUGAGUCUUUUCUCAGUUGUCAGUUGGUAGAAAAGAAGGUAUUUAUAAUGAAUGACAUCCUCAAAAAGGCCAGCAAUUAUUUUCAAUUUUGCUGUCGAAUGGCGAAUUUGUGAAGCCAGUAAUAUUGCAAUAUUGACUUAGUAACUGCUGUGCUUUGGGUGGUGCUUGUUCAUCCAAACCUUUUAGGUGCAAUUUGCAUGUGAAAACAGCAACUGCGGUGCAGGAGUUAUUGAUGCCACCAUGAACAAGCAUUGCUGCGGUCUGGGACUAGGCUGCCUUUCAGAAAACGCCCUUCAUUUUGAAUUGGUAAGGGUUUAUAGAAUGUGCAUUUGCACGGUGCAUUGAGUAGUCAGUGCCCUAUUAAGUAAAAUGGAUAUUGUUUUUCUAUAUGUCAGUAGAAUGAAACUUUAGUAGGCUAACCGGUUUACUGUAAUAACAAUUUGACAUGUAGGAUUCUUCAAUGCAAUUGCGUGCUUUUUAGUUAUCAGAGUAGUGUUUCUUUUGUUUUUAAAAAAGCAUUAAUUAAAACACUUUCAGCAAGGUAAAAUAAAACAAAUUCUUUUAAAUUAUUCUUGAAACAAACUGUUCUGAAGAAGGGUCACUAGACGUGAAACAUUAACUCUGAUGUCUCUCUGAAGGUGCUGUCAGACCUCCUGAAACUUUCCAACAAUUUUUGUUUUUGUUUUUAAAUUCUUUAAAUUUUUCAACUUUUAGCUGGAUUUUACAACUGAUUGUAUUUUUUGUGCUGCUUCAUUCUUUCUUAAUUUCCUCUCAAAUUCUUUAAGCCAAUAAUUAAAUUAAUAUUACUGUUAUUACAACGACAUUCAAUAUGGUCAAAUGAAGAAAAAAGUGUGUAACCUAAUAUUAUAAUACAAGAAAUGGGAUCAAGAGUAGACUAAAACAAACCCAUGAGUCUGCUUCACCAUUCCAGACGGUCCUGCUUGGUCUUCUACCUUUGUUCCACUUUCUUUUCACCCUUAGUUUUACCAAUAACCUGAACAUUUCAUGAUCUGGCUCUUGAAUAUAUUUUAUGAUUGAGCAUCCACAACCCUCUGAGAUUGAGAAUUCCAAAUUUACAAGCCUUUCAGUGAAGAAAUUUCCCCUCCUCUCAGUACUAAACAAUCAUUCCCUGACACCAUGCCCAUGUUCUAAAUUCCUCAGUCAGGUGAAACAACCUUCCAGUAUCUACUCGGUCAAGCUCAUUCAGAAUCCUGCAUGUUUCAAUGAGAUCACCUCCUGAUCUUAAGUGCCAGAGUGUAUGGACCCAGUUUACUCAGCCUUUUGUCAGAGACUACCAGUCUCAUCCCAAGAAUCAAACUAGUGUACACCCUCCAAUGCCUCAUUCCUUAAACAUGGAGACCAAAGCUGUAUACAGUACUGAUGCUGUCUCACCAAAGUCCUGUGCUGUGCAAUAGUAGCAAGACUUUCUUAAUUUUAGAUUGCAAUUCACUUGCGAUAAAAACCAACAUGUCAUCUUUCCUAACUACUUGACAUACCUCCAUCCUAACUUUAUGUUCUUUAUAUCUUACAAGCAAAUACACAUCUCUGAAAAAUCAACAUUUAGAUGUUUUGUGUUUUAACAUCACAUCAUGCUUUGCUAUUCUUACAUCAAUAAGUAAUAACUACCAAAUCUAACAUUUUUCAACAGUGUAACUAUCACCUGAAGCCUACUGACUUGUCUCUAUCUUUUUGAAUUGAAAAGUAUGGU